CUCUCUGUUUAUAUUGACGUUUCGUUGUAUAGUGUAAACGUAGGAUCCAUUGGAGCGGAAUUUGCUUGCGAACUUCCUGGAUCUAGUUGCUUUCUUGUUGAGCUCUAAAAAUUUCAUUUUGUUGCUAAAAUGAUUCGAGGCGUUGUGAUACCAGCAGCUUUAGCUGGCAUUGUCGGAUACAUAGGAAUACUUGCAAAACCAAGCUCUUCAUUGUUCUCAUAUCAUCCUGCUUUCAUGACUCUAGCCUUUAUUGGGAUGCUAAGCAGUGCUGUGUUGCUCCUGAACCGUGACGUGAAGCUUUCACGUCGUUCUAAGACCUUCCUGCACUGGCUGCUCAAUGGGCUUGCUGGGAUUGCUGCAGCUGUAGGUUUUGGAAGCAUUUACUACAACAAAGAGUUGAACAACAAGCCCCAUUUCACAUCCUGGCAUGGCUUGAUUGGAGCCACAGCAUGUGCCCUGCUACUGAGUCAGCUCACUUUUGGAGGAAUUAUGAACUACCCUCAGUAUGCCAAGCCGGUGUUGUCAUACAGUGCACUUCGUAGAUGCCAUGCGAUCAGCGGUACCACAGUGUAUCUCCUUGGCUCUGGUGCCUUUAUAUUUGGCCUUUUCACUACUUGGUUCCAAAGCCAGGCUAGUGCCCUAGCCAUCAUUACUGUAAUAGGAGCUCAAGCUCUAGUUCUUGGGUCAAUUCUCCAACAGGUCUGGAAGGGACUUGGUGUUUUAAACAAAUCUUGGAAGAAUGUAAAGAAUUGAUUAACAUUUUUUCUCUGUCACAAUGGCAUUAUGCAAUCCCUUCUUGAAUAUUUUCCAAUUUUUCUGUGCUCCGGGAUUAUGCAAAUGUUAGUAUUUUUUUUAAUUAUCUAAGAUUUCACGGGUAUCAAUUGUGUCCGAGUGCAGAAACAGUAGAGAAGUUAUUCCUCGAGUGUUUUUAUUCAUUUGUUAUGAUAUUGCAAAACGUGGUAGAUACGUUCUAAAAAUUUCAGUUUAUGAAAACACAUCCAGGUUUCGCGUUCAACAAAAUCAGCUCCCUGGUGCAUGAUAAACAUGGUAAUCUAUUACACAAUAUUGCGUAUCAUCUCAGAGCAAUAUUAUACUGUUGAAUAUCGACAGGUAUAUUAUUUUUCAAGUUGGUACGGAUUGCUAUCAGGUUUCUUUCCUGUCCUGCAUGCUAACUAUGGUGCCUCGAACUUCAUCAAUGGUUUGUUCCAAAACUUAGCUGUAAGUUCAGAAGUAAUAAUUUUGUUAUAAUUGUUGACAUUUUUCUAUCACGGAGCAGGUAUAUCUAUUUUGUAUGUUGUUAUCACACCAAAGUUUAGUCACAAUCAUUAUUUUUGUAUGUUUCAUAAAUAAACUUUCCUAUCCA